UCAACGCCCAGGACGGCGCAAUCUUGUAUUCAUUCUUGAGACUUGACGUGUCUGAAAGGGGACUUAUUUAUCAGCUGUUAAUGAAUAAAUUAAAAAGUCAAUAAAAAAUAUAUGUUAAUUCGUUUUCCUUUAAAGGAUAUUUCCACGAGUUUUAAAAACGAUAAUAAGUUCUUGAAUAUAAAAUAGAAUUUUGAAACGAGUCAACAGUCCGAGUUAAGACUACUGCCAAAAAAUGGUGAUUAGCUUACUAGUACGUGCCGGCAUUGUUGUUGGUGCCGUAUAUUACUCCAAGAAACUGGGAGUAUGGGGUAGCUCCGAAGAAACCGAAAAAUUGUAUAACGAGUUAAAGGAAGGGUUGCGUCCACAUGCAAAAGAGCUGGAAAAGAAACUGCCUUUUGAUGUACCCGCUCUACCUCAAACCGGAGAAGCUCGAUUCCUGGCUAAGCACUACUACAACGAGGGUGUAAAAAAAACUUUUCAUUUCAUUGAAAUGCUUCCGUGUUACACCGGGCAAUUAAUUCAUAAAGCCAAGGUAGAAUUUGAAAGAUUCUCUCAACCUCCAUCUUCGAGCACUGAUAAAUAAAGUUGUGCAUACAAAACUUGGUAUAUUGUAAAUUCUACACUAAUUGAUUGACCAAUACAUACUAUUAAAUUAAUUUAAAACACAUGUAUAUCGUUAAUAGCGAUAUAAAAGGUAGGCGUAUAUUCGAGUUGCAAUAAAUGCAUCAGUGCUACCUUUCACGAAAGAGCAUCAUGUUCUUUGCGAAAGAUUGCAAUAUUGCGGCAAUUUUUAUGAAGCAGGAGCGCAUAAUUCAAUGU